AUGGGGAGCGUUAAACAAACCGGGAAUCGGCACUUACGUCAACUAGGUGCUAAUACAGAAACAAACCCCGGCAGCGCCUAUACCCCUAUCGAUCUUACACAGGAUUCUUCGGAAGACGAACAUGCUGCUGGGAGUUCAAGAAAGAGACGCCGGCCAGAUGAGGAAUGCCAGGGUCGGAGUGCAUCAUCUCUAAAAAGAGCUAUUGCUACCCCAACUCGAGCUCACCCACCAUCAUCACCGGCAUCCACCAAGGGAAAUAGGGAUGGGGCUGCUCGAGAGCCCUCAUCCGAAAAGAGGCUACGAAGAUAUAGACCGCAGCCGCCGCAGAGUUUCGGUGAUAUUCUCUACCGCGCCACCUCCCAGAGAUUCUUUGUUCUGGAACGAACGAGAGCUGGGACGGGAGACUGCCCAGAAGAGAUCGUUGAGCUGACAGGCUCAACGGGCAAUAUAUACACUGUUUUCAUCGGGCUUGUGCCUCGCUGCGACUGCCCUCAUUCUAAGAAGGGAAACCAGUGCAAGCAUAUCAUAUUUGUUAUGAAAAAGGUGCUUAAUGCGCCGUAUCAUCUUGUCUAUCAGCUCGCACUGCUCAAGUCCGAACUCAUUGAGAUCUUCAAGUCUGCCCCACCUAUUUUGACAUCUCCAUCUGAGCCUCAGGACAAGAAUCGCAAAUCCCUGGACAAUGACUGCCCCAUCUGUUUCUCGGACUUUGACAAGAGUCGCCCCAAGUCCAUCGUCUGGUGCCGGGCCGCCUGUGGCCAGAACAUGCACCAGGAGUGCUUCCAGACCUGGGCCCGGUCGAAAGUCGGAAGGCCGACGUGUCCAAUGUGCCGCAGUGUGUGGGAGGAGGACGAGGGCACUGCGAAGCAGGUCUCCAAGUCGCAAGGCAGACUCAGCGAGGGUUAUGUGAAUGUUGCAAACCAGCUUGGGAUCAACGGCCGCAGAGAUACGAGCACAUAUUCCGAGUGGUAUUUCCGACCAUCUUAUGGCCGAAGACCUUAUGGUCGAAGAUGA